CCUGCGUAGCGUCGGUUGGUUCGCAGCCUGCCCCCAACCAUCAUCAUCAUCAUCCUCCUCCAGCAACGGAGCAGUGAGACCGAACCCGAGACCCGCCAGUAGGCCGUUGGGCGCUCACUUCAAUUUCAAUUUCAGUCUUCAGUCUUCACCCGAUUUACUCCCGGUUCACACCGGUUCGGUUACGGUUCGUUUACGAGUACUAGUGGCAUUCAAUUCAAUUCGAUUCGAUUCCAUUCCAUUCAAUUCGAUUGAGUUGAUUUCGGACAUUUCAUCUGCUUGAGUGCGUGCGUUAUUUGUUUUUGUUUAUUUUUUUUUGAAGUGUCCAAUGCCACUCGAAGAGAACCCUUAACAGCAAAGGCAGCGGCAACAAACGGUCCUCCCACUGGCAACCAGUUGGUAAAUGUGAUUAGAAAAUGUCAUCCACUGAUCUGCAUGCCGGCGGUGCAGCGGCCGAUGACUACCAUCUGGCCGCGAGCACCUCGGGCGGUGGUGGCGCUGGCGCUGGCGCUGGCGAUGGCGGUGGCGGCGGCGAGAAGCUGAAGGAUAUGCCGGAGAAGUACGUGAUGGCGAUUGUCAAUUUCCUGGACUGGCACGUGAACGCAACGGCCGACAUGGAGCGGCUCAACCUCAAGGCGAGCAUCAAGUCCGUCUACUGGCUCUUUCUCAUCCAAUACGCGGCGCUGGCCCUGCUGGGCGUGAUCCUCAAUAUAGCCAUUAUCGUGUACGUCAUGUACCAUCGCCUCUACAAGGACGUCACACACUCAUUUCUGAUCAAUCUGGCGCUGUGCCACUUUGUGCAGUGCGCCCUGGUGCUGCCCGUCUCGCUGAUGGUGAUGCUCAUCCAGAACUGGAUCUUCGGGCAGUUCCUCUGCUUCUUUCUGCCCAUGCUACAGGACAUUCCGCUGCACGUGGCCAUGAUAUCGCACAUCCUGAUUGCCUGGGAUCGCAUGCGCUGGCUCAACGAUCCGCUGAAGGGCCGCCUGCCGGGCUUCGUCUGCUGCUGUGCCACCUGGCUGACUGGAAUGGUGAUUGCGCUGCCCUACCCCAUAUACACCUUCUACGUGGAACUGGGGGACUACAUGCCGCAGCUGGCUGGGAUCGGGCUGUGCGUGGUCAACCUGAUGGACGACAUGCAGGAGUACACCAGAGGCCUGUUCCUGCUCAUGUAUGCGGGCCCCGCCAUUCUGUUGUCCUACCUCUACAUCCGCACAUCCCAGGAGCUGCGUCCGCCGGAGGGCCCCUUUGCGGUCAUGAUGUACGAGCACCGAGCGGACCUGCGUAUGCGCCAGCGACACUCGUCCACAUCCUCGGCAGAGCCGCGCACCCUCAGCGGCGGAGGUGUGGCGGGACUGAGCAACGGAAACCAUGCGAGCACCAGAUCCUACGACCUGUACAGCGCCGAGCUGGACGUCCAUCGGGAGAAGCGGAAGCAGCGGAACUUCGGGAGCAUGGCCGCCACCCAAGUGGUGUGCGUGUGCCCCCUGAUGAUCCUCCGCUUUGCGCGGCUCUCGCUGGAGGAGACGUACGAGAACCAGAAACAUUUCGACUUCACCUACCUGAUGUUCGUGUGGGUCGCCUUCCUGCCCACCGUGAUCUUCCCAUGCAUCUACGCCUCGCAGAUACUCCCCAGGGAUGAGCAGGAGCGUCUGCGGGGCUACUUUCGUCUCUCCUCGAAGCGGAAGCAGAAGAGCCAGCGGCGCAGCGAUGCGGGACGCGAAUCGGGCGGCGGAUCACGCGAGGACUCCAUCGAGAAGGACGAGCCGACCAACACCACCACCAUACAGGGACACCAGGGACACCACGAGCCGCCGCACAAGCAUCCGGCCAAGGUUCGGAGCCACGAGAGGAGUGGAGGAGCAGGACUGGCCCAUGGAUCCGCCGGCGAUCGCUACAGCGGAGCCCCCUACAGACAGGGCAAAGACAGAGAGAGAGAUCGCGAGAGAGACAGGGACAGGGACAGGGAAAGGGACAAAGACAGAGAAAGGGACAGAGAUAGGGGAGGCGGACGUGGUCCUGGGGACGCUGGGGUGGUCAACAAUCUGGGCAAGGAUGUGCGCGGCAAGAAGCACGACGUGAAGAUCAACAUCAUCUCGGACGGCGGGCACUCCAGCAGCCACCCGCAUGCCCACCGGAAGCACCCUGGGAACAGCAGCAGCGGCAGCAGCAACCGCAGCAGACCGACGCCCAGUCAGCGCCACGGCAGCGCCAGUGGCGCCACCCUACGCGGUGCGGAGUGCAUGUCGGGCAUCACCGCCUCCCCCUACUGCAAUGGGAAUGGCAACGUGAACUUGGCUGGGAUCGGGAUCGGGCUAGGGAUGGGGACCGGGACUGGGACCGGGAACACGAGCAUACUGGAUGACAGCAGCACCAGCAACUAUGGCGACGGGGAGGAGAGUUCGGUGGUGAGCAGCAUGAUGGUGCCGCCGCAGCGCUGGCCGGGACUGGGGCCAGCAGCAGCCGGGGCGGGGCUGGGGCUGGGGCUGCGGCACAAGGACGUUUCGUUCAGCGAGUGCAGCAGCAGCACGUUCUCGUCCAGCACCCUGGAGCGCGACCUGGAGAUCAUGGACCAGCUGGAGCGCGAGCGCAGCAUGGACAUCCAGGAGAUGCUGCAGCGGGAGCAGCAGCGGGAGCAGCGCGAGAAGAGCCGCCACAGCGGGGGGCGCCAGCUGCCGGACAUCGAGAAGCUCUACGCCCAGCGGUCGCCCAAGGCCAAGCGCGAGGCGCCGUACGGCUACGACAAGGCCGCCCUGGCCCUGGUCCUGCCCGGCAACGACCCCCUGAGCAGCCUCUCCCUCACCGGCAGCAGCCAGCCCACGGAGUACAGCAUGUGCUCCUCGCUGCAGGACCCCAGUCUGGAGCAGCAGCAGCAGCAGCUGCAGGAGCAUCGACUUGAGCGCAGGGAACGCGAGCUGCAUGGGCAUGACCAGGAGCAGGAGGAGGAGGAGGAGGAGGUAGUGCCACCGGACUUCUACGACAACUACACCCCCGGCGGGGCGCAGAACUUGCCCCCGGCUGUCGCCCAGGCAGCCGCCAUCAGUGGCCAGGCUGUCGCGCCCGCUCCGCCGCCCGCCUAUCAGUAUCAGUACAGUCGCAACCGGCUAAGCCGGAAGAGCUCCACUGGGUCGCACCACCCCCACACGGGCGGAGCCAUGUCGUCGCGCUGCUCCAAGCGGGACAGCUUCAACUCGCUCAACGGCACCGACCUCAUUGCCGGUGCCUUCUGCGAGCUGGAUCCGACGCAGCCGCUCAACAAGAUGGCCGUCAUCGAGGGUCGGAUGCGCCGCAGCAGUCCCCGGAACGCCAGCUUCAGCUCCGGCUCGGGCUCUGGUUCCGGGCGUAGCUCCAUGAAGUCCUCGUCGCGCGACUAUGGCCACGGCUCGUCCUCGCACUCGGCCCAUCCCGAGCUCGACUUCAGGGAGAAUAUUUUUGCCGAGCUCUAAAAUGAAUCAGGAGUAAAACAGAGAGGAGCAGAAAG